CCUCACAGACAUAGACACAGGACAAAUUCCUACAAAGAAAUUGAUCAGACAACCAAGGGAAGAGAGAGAGAGAGAGAGAGAGAGAGAGAGAGAGAGAGAGAGAGAGAGAGAGAAGGAGAAGGAGUGAUUCCAUUCUGCGCUGUGAGAUCCUGCAGAGAAAGACAGGAGACCUGUGGAAGAACAAAACGAUAAAGUGAAAGAAGUGAUAGGUUGAAUAUGGUGUGUGCGUCCUGGCUGUUAGCGGUGGUGGUGGUGUGUGUGUGCAACCCCAAGGUGGGGGGGCAGUGCUGGGAUAGCUCCCACUGCAAAGACCUCCCUUCAGAGGACAAGAUACUCGAGUGCAUCCACCUGUUCAGGUCUGGGCUCCAGGACGAAUCCCCAGAGCCCAGAUCGGCUGCCCAGCAGUCCACUGAGGAGAGCCUCUCCCUGGGCAUCAUGUUGGCAGCCCUGACCUCUGGAGAGAGAGCCCUGGAUGCUGACCCUGAGCCCCACAGCGACAAGAGACACUCCUACUCCAUGGAGCACUUCCGCUGGGGCAAACCUAUUGGGCGCAAACGCCGCCCCAUCAAAGUCUAUGCCUCCAGUCUGGAAGGGGGGGACUCCUCCGAGGGCAACUUUCCCCUGCAGGCACGCAGGCAGCUGAGCAGCUGGGAGGACGAGAUGGCGGGAGCUCUGGGUAACCAGGGGACCAAGGCUCAGACCAAGGUAGUCCCCAGAACCCUCACUGUGACGGGGCUGCAGGAUAAGAAGGAUGGGUCCUAUCGGAUGGGUCACUUCCGCUGGGGCAGCCCAACCGCUAUCAAGCGCUACGGUGGCUUCAUGAAGCCAUAUGCCCAGCAAUCCCACAAGCCCCUGAUCACGCUGCUCAAGCACGUCAUCCGUAAGAACGAGCAGUAGAGGAGGGCAGCAAGAACAAGGGAUAGAGGGAAGGGAGGGGAGGGAUGGGAUGAGUGUAGUAAAGAGGAAAAGAGGAAAGAUGAACUGAAUGUUUUGAAGUACAGUGGCAACUGUUGAAAACUAAGGGUCGUAUUUAAUCUGUAGCCAAGUUUCCAGAGUAACACAAAAAACGAAUUAUAGCUCCACAAUAUAAAACAAUGAAACAACAAAUAAGUCAAAAUCAUCUUUCUUAUAUACAUUUCAGACAAUUUAUGGUAUGUUACCUGUAAAAAAGAUAAGGCAAUGUUUAUAAGGCCCCCCUUUCAAACAGCCCCUUAUUUACAACUUUUUUGCAGGUAUGCCCUUUUAUACAUAUCAGUGGGUAACUUGCAAAUUGGGAGGGUAGGUGGUGCCGUUAAACAAUGGAAGUGUUAAUUAAUUUGCCUGCAAAGAAGCGGAGAACCAUACUGUACACAGACCUGAUAGCUGUAUUUUGGUUAGAGGGUCUGUGAAAAUACAGGAAUCAUGACUAGGUCUUUAGCUGGGUUUUAAAUUACCAAGUUUUUUUUUAGCCUUACCCCUUUCAGAUUGACAAAAAAAAGCUUGUACUGUAUAAAAAGCUGGCAUGGUAAAAGUGGGAUUUUUGUCUGUAUAUGAAAGGGAUAUUAGCAUUGCCCUAGAUAGCCUAUAACGGUUUUGAUUGGAUAUGACCAUUGAUAGCUGUAGAAUUCAUUUAUGGCCUUGGCUUGAAUGCUGUAUGAGAAAGUAUAAAUUGAAGGAAGUACUUAGAAAGUCUUCAGUAACAGUGACCAUACUGAAUACUGUGUAUAGAUGACAGACUGGGGUAGGGAGUUUGUAUGAGAGAAGAUCAUUUCAAAUGGAAUACUAUUUUUCCUCAUUAUUUUUAUUGAGAUAAAUUGUACCAUAUUGUAAAUGUAUAUAUUAAACAGAUACUGCUUUGUGGCAAGCAACACAAA